UGGCCGCCGCGAAUGCUAAUGAGCGCUGACAACGCGAGGAAGCCCAUUCAAAAAGUCGCAGCUAUUGUCGCGACGGGUUGCGUGCCGCCGGGCCCGCCGUCGGGGCGCGCGGGGACGGACUCUGGGCCACGCGGGGACCAGCCCGGGGCAGGCCGAGGACCGAGGCGUGCCGGCGGGCGCCCAUGGCCGGAGCCGCAAUGGCCGAGCCCGGCCGCGGGCCGCCUUCCGCGCCCGCGCCCGGCACGGAGGGUCUGCCGCGCGCCUUCUUGCAGAGCCUGCGCACCCUCUUCGACAUCCUGGACGACCGGCGGCGCGGCAUCGUGCACCUGCGCGAGAUCGAGUCCCGCUGGCAGGGCGCCGACGCUCGCGAGCUGCCCCGCGGCGUGCUCGAGGGCCUGCGCCAGGUGGCCCCGGCCAGCGGCUACCUGACCUUCGAGCGCUUCGUGGCCGGCCUGCGCACCUCACUGCUGAGCGCCGACGGCGGCACGCGGGCCCCGGCGCGCGCCCCGGCCCGAGGAGGCUGCCCGGCGCGGCCCGGGGGGCAGCCGCCGCCGCCGCAGCGCCUGGUGUUCGCGCCGGCCGACGAGCCGCGGACGGUCCUGGAGAGGAAGCCCCUGCCCCUGGGCGCGCGCCCCCCGCCGGCCGGCCCGGGUGGCGCGGCCCGGAGCCUAGAGAAGCUGUGCAGCCCGGCGGAGGCGGCGCCCGGCCCGGAAGAGCCCGAACGGCCCCAGGGCGCGGCGCUGGAGCGGAGCCCGAACACGGACGCUGAUGCAGUGGCCUGCAGGGCCCGGGAGCUGGGCGUGGGGGACGCCCGGUGGGGCCCCCGUGCCCGAGGGGAACGUCGGAGACACACCAUCACCAACGGUGUGGACUGCGACCUGCUGAAGCAGAUGAAGGAGCUGGAACAGGAGCAGGAGGUGCUACUGCAGGGCCUGGAGAUGAUGGCACGGGGCCGGGAGUGGUACCAGCAGCAGCUGCAGCGCGUGCAGGAGCGCCAGCGCCGCCUGGGCCAAAGCAGGGCCAGUGCCGGCUUCGGGGCUGAGGGGAGCCCCCGCCUGCUGGGGCAGCUGCUACCCAAGGUGCAGGAGGUGGCCCGAUGCCUGGGGGAGCUGCUGGCCGCGGCCUGUGCCGGAAGGGCUCUGCCCUCGUCCUCCUCAGGGCCCCUGGGCCCCGCCCUGGCGCCCGCCUCGCCCGCGGUCCCCAGCUGGCAGCAGCAGACCGUCCUCAUGCUGAAGGAGCAGAACCGGCUCCUCACCCAGGUGAGCUGCGGGCGGGGUGCGUGGCCCGGGGCCGGAGGCUGGGCAGGCCCUGACUGCCCUCCUGCCUGCCCAGGAGGUGACCGACAAGAGCGAGCGUAUCACACAGCUGGAGCAGGAGAAGUCCGCCCUCAUCAAGCAGCUGUUUGAGGCCCGUGCCCUCAGCCAGCAGGACGCUGGGCCCCUGGACUCCACCUUCAUCUAGCCGGCCCCAGGCACGGACGAGGGGCCUCGCGGCCUGGCACUCAGCCCUGAGGCUGAAGGCGCCCUGGCCAGCCCGAGCACCGCCCUCCUUCCUCCCUUCCAGUCCGGGCUCCCCUAACCCCAGGAUGUUCUGAGACCCCAGACAUUGACUCCAUCUUGGUCUUGGGGGCCUGACCUGGGGUGGGACUCCAUCAUGCCAACACACAGCCCGAAGCUGCUCCUGCCACUGUCAGUGGACAGUGGGGGACACCCCCUCGUGUUCACCAGAUCUGGGCAGCCCUGGCAGCUGGUGUGUCUCCCCUCCCACCUGGGGUCUCCAGUGGACGGCACUGAUCACACUAGGCUGCGUUCCCAAGAGUGGCCAGCAGAGGGCGCCACAUGCACUGGUGACUGCGGCCUUGGAGGCCCUGCUGUAGUGUCUCAGAUGGGGCCCGGAGUAGGGGAACCUGGGGCGGGCUGGGACACCUGCAGGUCCAGUGGGUGAUUGGCCCCGGGGGUCCAAGGGCGUCUUGCCCCGCUCAAGACUAGGCGGCUGUCCCUCAGUCAGGAGCAGAUGGAGGGUGUCCUCUAAGGAGGGGGUUCUGCUUGUGUCCAGUUCCAGGGGAGCCCCGAGGGCAUGGUGUUGGGGAUUCACUGGAUUCGUGCCUGGGCCAAAGCUGGCCUGCUUGGUCCUCCCCAUGGACCUUAGAUGCUAAACAAACGGGCAGACCCAGGCCCCAAGCAGGGUUCAGCCUCCACAUCCCCGGCCCCCAGCCCUGCCGGCCCCGGGCUCUCCCGUUUCUGGGCUUUGCAAAUGCUCUUCCGUCCCUGGGAACACCCACUUCCUGCUUCACCUGACUGGCUCCUGCCCAGCCCUGCACCUUGGAUAUAGAGGGAACGAACCGAACCGGCAGAGGCUGAAACGGCAAAGGGGGUAGCCUUUGCCCUGAGGGUAUCUGCUUUCCCCCUGAGGUCUUCACGGAACUUGGAAGGCAGGACCAGAAGCCAGUGUCUGCCCCAGGGGUACUGCCCACAGAAGGCGGACCCUUCAGCUGCAGGGUGAGUGUGGAAGAAACCCGCGACUCAGGGAGAGGCCUUGUGGCGCUGGCUUUCCACGCAGGGUGGAAAAUGCAUCCUAUUCCUUUGCAGUCUGAAAUCAGGCUGCCUGUGCGGCCCUAGAGACCCCAAGGGGAGAAUUGUAAGUGGCCCCAGGUUGGCGGGGCCCAGGCGGCUGGUGGAAGCCAAACGUCCUCGCUAGAGCAGCGAGUGUUUCUUAGCCGUGCACGGGGGAUGUCUGGGGCCGCGUUAAGUCUUGGGGGAGCUGUCUGUGCCCCGUAGGAUGUUUAGCACCAUCCCUGGCCUCUAUCCACUAGAUGCCAGCAACACACACACACACUCAGUUGUGAUGACCAAAAUGUCUGGACAUUGCCAGUGCCCAGGGGGCAAAGUUGCCCUUAGCUGAGCAUCUCUGCUCUAGAGCAAUGCAACUCCACCAGGCCUCAAGGAUUUCCUACAGACCAAGUUCCAAGGAAAAUGAGCAUCUCCAGCUUAAAAAAAUUUUCACAAACACCACAAGGAAAGAAUCUACCAUGAGAGCCAGCAGAAACAGCAGAUUCAGAUAUUCAAUAAUCAGAGAACAUAAAAUGGCUGUGUUUUGUACGCCUGAAGAAAUAAAAGAGAUCCCAGA